AUGCGGAGUGAAUUCGUGCGGUCAUCUUUGACGGAGGAGCGGCAGCGGCAUGAGCCCAGCCAUGGCAUUCGGGGUUGUGUGCGGAAAUAUAUUUUUGACCAUAUGCUUGAUGCCGUCCCUGGAUCGUUCAAGGUUGUUAUCUGCGACUCCCACGCGGCGGCCAUGCUGAACAGCGUUCUGCGUAUGCAUGACCUCAUGGAGCAUGGCGUGACUCUGUUGGAGGACCUCAUGACGCCGCGGCAGCCAAUUAUUAGUAGUCCUGCGCUCUAUUUUUUUGUUCCCGACGAUACAUCUGUGAGGCGCGUGAUUGAGGACUGGGCGUCAAAGGACCCCUACGCAGAGGCACACAUCUUCGCGCUUGGCCGCACCUCGGAGCACCACAUGCAGCAACUCGCACAGGCCCGGAUAGCGCGCAAGGUGAUGAGUUUCAAGGAUAUGAUGCUGGAAUUCAGCGCCCCUGAGUCGCUGGUGUUUCACUUAAGCAUGCAGAAUGAGUUUGCACCGCUCUUAUCAUCGCCGCCAUUGCAAACUCGCGAGUCCGUUUUGGACGUCGCAGCGUCGCGGCUGGUGUCGGUGUUUCACGCCAUGAAUAACGGGGCGCCUGUUAUCCGCUACCAAAGCCGAAGCAACAUUUGCCACGAGUUUGCCAAGACCUUGUCUGAAAAGCUUGCCAAACUCUGCUACGAAGAACCCGACUUCAACGAUGGAGCAAGCAACUGCGGUAAGCCGCUGCUGAUCAUCCUUGAUCGAGGCUUCGACACGGUGACGCCACUGGUGCACCAGCGCACCUAUCAAUGUCUACUUGACGACCUCAUGCCGCGGGAAGAUAGCGUGUACGUGCAGGCCUUCAAGAAUCGUGCGGGGGAGGAUGCAAAACGGCAGUAUGUGAUAGAUGAGGGGGAGGUGUACUGGUGCACCUACCGUCAUUGCUUCUUUGCCAAGUGCCUGGAGGAGCUCCCAGCGGCACUGAAGAAGCUUCACGCGGAGCACCCGAAGUUGGCCCAGGGGAUGGAGAAAAAGACGGAUCUGGCGGAGUUGGGUGGGGCGGUGCGGGGUCUGCUGGAGUUUCAGGAAAAGCAGGCAAAACUUUCGCUGCACAUCGACAUCUGCAGCAAAAUUAUGGCUCUUUACCGUGAGCAGCGGCUUGCAGAGGUGUGUGAGGUGGAGCAGGACAUUGCCGCUGGGCGCAAAGCCUUCAAGGUGAACUUUGAAAAUGUGCGGCGCUUGACAAAGGAUGCUGCGAUACCCGAACCGGUGCGCAUGCGCCUUUUAUUGCUGUUUGUAGCUGCGAGCAACACAGGGGAAUUGACGGAGGCCAAAAAGCAGCAGUUAUUUCAAGGCAGCGGGCUGGCGGUCAGGGCUAAUGUGCUUGCGAAUCUUGAGCAGCUGACGAGGCGAGUUGGGGAAAUUAGAUGCAACGGCAUAACACCAGAGCGUAGCGAACGAGACAGUGGUGUUUCUCUCACUAAAUUGGCGGCAGAUGGCGAUCCUUUUGUUAAUCAGGCUUAUGCUAUUAUGGAAUCUGCAGUAAGGAAUACACUGAAUACGUCGGAUUAUCCCAUGAUGAGCUCUCCGUACGAGGCGAGGGCAUCUGCUGUAGGUAGAGAGGCGCCAGUGUACACCUCGGGGAAGAAGAAAACUUUGUGGGUUGGGUUGUCCUUGGCAGCCAUGCAGCGUGAUUAUGCAAUAGGUGAAAAUGGAGCAAGCGGCAACAACCACAAUGAGGCGGUGGAAACUAAUGGGGAGCCAUUGCAAAAGAAUAAGGGCAAAGGGGAGAAGCUUCUUGAUGUAGGUGGUAGUGGAGGGACCAUUACCCUUAGAAAUCCUCAACGCAUAGUGUUGUUUAUUUUGGGUGGCGUGACCUGCAGUGAGGGGAGUUCCGCGUAUGAGAUCGCUAAAAAGUACGGCCGUGAAGUGAUCAUUGGUGGAACCUCUAUGCUGCGCCCUGACGCCUUUGUGGAGAAACUUGGCAGUCUACGGUAA